UCUCGUGUUUACAGCUAUUCAAUUUCUUCUCUCUCUAAAUCAAUAAAAUAUAUUAGAAUCCAAAAAGAGUUUAGAAUUUCAGGGAAGGACUUCUUCUCUCCGAAUUCUCAGGGAAGGACUCGCCGGCAGUUAUAAAUUUUGCCCUUUUUCUAAACCCAAUAUGUCACCACCAAUUUAUAUUUUUCGCUCUCCAAAAUUUAAAUUUUCGCUAUUUCGUUAUAUUAAAGAGAUUAACGAUGACUCUCGUCAUCGAUCAGCUUCAAUUUGGAAUUGAAGUGGAAGAAAAAAGGGUUCUUAAUAAUGAGGAGGAGUCGGAGUUUGAUGGAGGAUUUAUAAUGCCCACUGCCAAUACAUUUGGCCAGAAUUUUAGAGAUUAUGAAGCCGAAAGUGAAAGGCAAGGUGGUGUGGAAAAUUUCUACAAGAUAAAUCACAUCAACCAGACAUAUGAUUUUGUGAAGAAGAUGAGAGAGGAGUAUAGAAAAAUGGACCGGGUUGAAAUGAGCAUAUGGGAAUGUUGUGAACUUCUGAACGACGUUGUUGAUGAGAGUGAUCCCGAUUUGGACGAGCCUCAAAUUGAGCACUUGUUACAGGCUGCCGAAGCCAUUAGGAAGGACUUUCCUAAUGAAGAUUGGCUGCACUUGACUGCCCUCGUCCAUGAUCUCGGAAAGGUUCUUCUUCUUCCCAUCUUUGGUGAGCUCCCUCAGUGGGCUGUUGUUGGUGACACUUACCCUCUCGGAUGUGCUUUUGACGAAUCAAUCGUUCACCACGAGUACUUCAAGGAAAAUCCCGAUUACCAGAAUCCUGCUUACAAUACUAAAUAUGGAGUUUAUAGGGAACGUUGUGGACUCGACAAUGUGAUGAUGUCUUGGGGUCACGAUGACUAUAUGUAUUUGGUGGCCAAGGAAAAUAAAUCAACCUUACCUUCUGCCGGUCUUUUUAUAAUCAGAUACCAUUCAUUUUAUGCUUUGCAUCGGUCGGGAGCUUACAAACACUUAAUGAACGAGGAAGACGAGGAGAAUCUGAAGUGGGUACAGAUUUUCAACAAGUAUGAUUUAUACAGCAAGAGCAAGGUUAGAAUUGAUGUUGAAAAGGUCAAGCCAUAUUAUCUCUCUCUCAUUGAAAAGUAUUUCCCUUCGAAGCUAAGAUGGUGAGCAGUUUAUUGUUGCGUUUUUUUAACGAGUUUUUGUGAAGAGCUCGAGAGCCCGAGGGAGUCUUGAGAUGAAGUUUCUUAGCUAUAUGAAAAUAGCCUUGUAGCAUAUGUUCACUAGUGAAUCGAAUAAUGUCCCUUCCCUUGUUUUAUAGAUUAUGCUUGUAUGUCUGUUAGAUAUAAAAUAAUUGAAAUAAAUAAUGUGUCUUUAAUCAUGUCUGAUUCAAACUUAAAUGCUCAACAAAAUAUUGGGUCAAUUUUAAUACUUGGUGGAACGUCGCACAGAUAAA